GACGCAGACCGAUGUGGAUCUGUGCAUGAAUGGUCUUACUGUAGCUUGCACAGUAGCCACCAGUAUAGCUAUAUAACCUGCUUUUAGUUUGCUUUAAAUCCAAUUGUUUAUAUAUUUUUCAAAAUGGGUGUGGACGUCGAAACAAUAUCUCCAGGAGAUGGAAGGACUUUUCCAAAGAAGGGCCAGACAUGUGUGGUACAUUACACAGGGAUGCUCCAGAAUGGGAAGAAGUUUGACUCUUCUCGAGACAGAAACAAGCCCUUCAAGUUCAAGAUUGGACGGCAGGAGGUGAUCAAGGGCUGGGAAGAGGGAGUUGCACAGAUGAGCCUGGGCCAACGGGCUAAGAUCACCUGUACGCCGGACAUGGCAUACGGAGCGACAGGCCACCCAGGGGUCAUCCCUCCUAACGCCACUCUCAUUUUCGAUGUGGAGCUGCUCAAACUGGAGUGAUGGUGACGAUGUCUCAGGUUCAGGGGUCAUGUGGUUCAAAGGUCACAGGGGCUAUGUAUGCCACUCCUCACUCUCAACAAGAGGGAUUUACAAUGGACUGGGCCACCCCGCCACAGAACAACUGUCCCCUCCUUGAAUUGAAAGCUUCUUCCACUCAACACUUAAAAGAAUAUACUGCUUUGUUGCCAACUUCUGUUAACGUAGAUGCAGCUUCUUCUUUUUGGACGUUUUACACUCAAGAUACCAUUUCUUUGGCUUCUUUGUCUUAAUGUUUUAUGUCUUUAGGCUUUAUUGUUUAUUUCUUUCACUUUAGGUUGUAUAUUUUAUUGAAUCAACGAAUUACAAAAGAGUUUUCUGAUGAAAGCCGUAAUGCACUGCAAACAAAACAUACUGCCUUACUGUUAAAAAAAAAGUAGGGAACACUACGGAAGGACAAUAUUCUGUAUCUUAACUGGGCAUUAACAAAAACCACUGUCUGCAUUGCCACUUUGAUAACAAAAAUAUAUAUCUUGCUGUAUGCUAUAAAUGAUAUUGCUGUGUUUAGCAUAUUUUGUAUCCCUUCUAAACAUUUAAUGCAAGUGCACAACAGAGGUCGUUCAAAUCCAGUACUGUACAGAACUUCUACCGGCCACAGCUUCUAACCAUUUGAUCGAUCAACUUAAUAAAAAAUGGUGAGAACUGCGUUUGUUGAAA